UUCACCUUCAUUGAUGCUUCCGUUAAAUUCUCCUCUCAUCAACUAAUAAUUAACUAGCUGUAGUGCUCUAAACAAUCCUGGGCAUGACGAUCCUGACGAUAUCGACGGUGGAUAAGAGGCUCGUGAUAAGGGAUUUUACGAGCAGCGAUCCUUAUGUUGUGGUCAAAGUGGAAAACCAGACUGCUAAGACCAAGGUCAUCAACAGCUGCCUUAAUCCUGUUUGGAACGAGGAGCUGACCUUCUCUAUAAAAGAUCCUCUCAGCGAAUUGAAAUUGGUUUAUAUUAUAAAAGUAAUUCCAUAUAAGCUCCGCGAAAGUUUUGAUCUCAAAGUCUUUAGCAGAAAUAUUGAUGGCACUGACAAAUGGGCGUAUGCAAAUGGUACUGAAAAUCAAGAUGUAGAUUUAUCUAACGUUCAAUAAACCUCCAAAAGAUGGAGUACAAAGGCAUAGAUGUAUGAGAUAAUUGCACCCUAUUUUGAGAGUGCACUCAGAUUUGCUUGUAAAAUAUGUGCGUACAGAGAUGAAGUUUUCAUUUAACUUUUGUUAUAUCAUUUUGGAUAUAAAGUGUUAGUCUUUUU